UGGAAUUUGACGUUUCAUCACCGUCAUCUGGUCAAACGUCAAAAACCUGCACUGUCAAUUUAGCUAAAGAUUAAUUAAAAUAUCGCAACUUUUUUAUUAGCUCAAUGGGUUUUAAUAUUUUAGGUGAACAAUCAUAAUUAAUUUGGCGGUUAAAUGUAAGCUGUGGGCGAUAAGAAUAGUGUCACAUUUUCUUGCAGCAAUGGAGCACAUACGUCUUGUAUGCAUUAUUUCUCUGGUUGUGGCGCUUUUGCCGUACUAUUAUUGUUACCCAAACACCAAGAACAUCCAUACAAUAUGCCCUAGGUUAUAUGAAAGAACUUUUCAGGGCUUCGUGCCUCAAGGAAAUCUCACUGCAGGAAUUUAUAAAGAGAUUGAAGGAGUUAAUAAAUUAAAAGAAUGUGUUGUUAAAUGUUGCUUACAAGAACAGUGUAAUGUGGUGUUUAUGAGUGAUGCUAAGUGUUACCAUAUAACCUGUACUAGUGAUGAACUCUGCAAACCUGUAUUAAGUCCAAAUCCGGAAUCUAAAGACCAUAUCAUGAUGGUGCUUGUGAGACCAACAGAUGAAGAUCGGUGGCAGGAUGUUUUAGCACAAGACUUCUCUAGUGAACAUCUGGAUCGAGAGGUCUACAAUGUCCUUAGUGACAGUCGAAGGUUGCAGGAUAUCUACAAGGAUUUAAUGAUGGAUGAGUCAACUUAUAAUUAUGAUGUUGGUUGUGAGGUUGGUACAGACUCUGGUUGUGGACUUGGCGAAGUCUGUGUGCAAAAUUUUCCAAAAUCUCGUGCUGGCACAUGUUCUUGCAAACCAGGCUAUAUUCGAAAUCACUCUGGUGAUUGCAUUUUAGUAGAUUUAAAAGACGUUGGUUUGCAUUCAAGUAGUGAAAUGCUUACUGAGAGGAUCUUGGAUGCAACAAAUAAAUCAGUCCCGGUUACUAGGAAACAUCUAACUGUGUCUGCGGAGAAUAAGGUGGUAAAACUGCCUGACAAUGAAGUCACCUUAAUCGCUAGUGUGGCUCCUGAUGAUUCUAAUGAAGAGGAAAAAUACCAAUAUGAAUGGACGUCCUUGCAGCAGCCAGAUGGCAGCACAGCUGUUAAACAUCAGAAUGGGGGGCAACUUCAAUUAUCAAAGUUGGUGGAAGGACUGUACACUUUUAAAGUGACUGUCUCAAACUCCUUUGCUUUUGGAGAAACGUUCGUAAAUGUGACAGUGUUACCACCUUCAAGAAUCAAUAAACCACCACAAGUAGUGAUUAUACCUGCUGAUCAGACUAUUAAAUUGCCUAAUACUGCAGCUGUCUUGGAUGCGUCUUCUUCCACAGAUGAUGAUGGAAUAGUUUCGUGGCAUUGGGAACUACAACAAGGACCUUUGGGUUAUCAGCCUGAAUUGAAAGAUGCCUCGACUCUCCAGUUAAAUGAUUUGAAAAAACCAGGCAACUAUACUUUUAAGUUGACUAUUACAGAUACAGACAAGGUUACUAGUUCUGGUACCGCUAACGUGACUGUUUUAAAAAUUACUGACUAUCCUCCAGAUGCUAACGCAGGGGAGGACAAAAUAAUUUAUCUUCCACAUAAUAAUAUCACUCUAAAUGGUAAUCUUAGCACUGAUGAUCAUGCGAUUACCACGUGGGAGUGGACAAAGAGCUCUGAUGAUGCCCAAAAAGCAGUCGAUAUGCAAGAUACAAGGACACCUUAUCUUCAGUUGUCAAAUCUUGAAGAAGGGAUGUACACCUUUACAUUAAAAGUUACAGACAGUGCUAAUCAAAGUAGUACUGCACAGGUUCAUGUUUUUGUGAAACCACCAACAAACAAGCCUCCAGUAGCAGAGGCCGGAAGUAAUAUUACAAUUAGCUUGCCACAGACUUGGGUUGUUUUGGAUGCUAGCAAUAGCUCUGAUGAUAACAAGAUUAUAACAUUUAAAUGGGAGCAAGUCGAUGGACCUUCAACUGUCCAGUUUGUUAAUAAUAGUUUAAGCAAGACUAAUGUUACUGGGCUUACAAAAGGAAGUUACACUUUUAAAGUUAGCGUGACGGAUGAUAACAAUAAUGUUGCCAGUGACACUGUUCAUCUCUUGGUUAAUCAGAACGUGAAUCAGAAGCCCAAAGCCGAUGGUGGAGGUGAUUUUGAAGUAGAACUGCCAAGAAACGCAGUAUACCUUAAUGGAACGAAAUCUAAAGAUGACUGGGCCAUUGUGAAGUGGAAGUGGACCCGUGACGAAAAGUCUUUGGCAAUGGGAAAUAUAGCCGAAGACUCCGAUAAAUCUGCAAUUCUUAUCCUGACGGAUGUUAUUGCUGGAAAAUAUAUAUUCAACUUGACAGUGUUUGACGAACAGGGAUUGACGGAUACUGACACUGUUACUUUCGUUGUGAAAAAUGAUCCGAAGUUGUUGUACCUCGUUGAAAUUACUAUAGACGUUAAUGCAAAGCACUUGACUCAAGCUCAGUACGAUACUUUGAUAGGAAAACUGGCCUUGCUUGUUAUUGACGGUUCAAGAUUAAAGGUACGCCAUGUUAAGCCGGAAGUGGGCUCAGGAAAAGCUAUGAUAACUUUCUAUGUGGAAAAUCCAGACGGUACACCUUAUCCGGCAAACGAUAUUGUGCAACACUUACGCGAAAAACUCAGAGUCGAUGCAGGACUUUUGGGUUUUUCUGUAGCGAAGUUGCAAACUGCAGUAUGUCAGAAUAGUUGUUCAGGACAUGGAGUUUGCGUAGAACAAACUCGAAAGUGCGAGUGCGAAGCUUUUUGGAUGCAAGAUUUGUUUAAAGUUUAUUUAAAAACAGGCGAAGAUUCGGAUUGUAGUUGGAGUAUCUUGUAUGUAGUAUUAGGAGUCGUCUGUACUUUACUGGCGUUCUUUGGAUCAAUGUGGGGCAUUAUUUAUCUGUGCUAUACUUGGUGCUCAAAGAAAUGGAUAGGGACCAAACCAACUACUUACAAAUUAAUAGAAGACUUACCACCACUUGUACCACGCAAGGGAACUUUAUCAGAUAGCGAUACCGACUCCGAUGUGGUUUUUGAAUCUAGAUCGAAGAAUUCUCGGUUUAGUGACUCAAGAAAUGGCCACAAACCGACAAGGAAUGGCUUUGUUAAGGGAGGGCGUAGGGUUAAGACGUAGGCAAAUCUGAAAGAGCACAUCUCUUAAAGGAGGCUUCACUUUCCUUACCCCGUGCCUAAUUACUUAAGUAGAAUGUUUGUAUGUGUGUUUGAUGGAGAUGUAUUCAUUAGUGUAUUUAUCUGGAGGUGUUCUAAACACUCGUUCCAUUGGGCUGUAAUUGAGUUACCUGUAUACACUUAAUUUAUUUCACUUUUUCGUGGUCAUUUUUAUUAAUGGGUGGUGGAUUUACAUUCACUUUUUUUCUUUGUGUCUGUUUCGUUUGGGGAAUUUAAGUUAUUUUUCUUUUUAUUUGCUGCUUACAUGUGUUUAGAAGAGUUUUGUGGCAAAUUAGUCAGUGAUUGUAGCACAAUUUGCACUUUUUAGAAUCAAGUCAGUAUUUUUGUGAUAUAAUUAAAAGUAUUUUACUUAAGUUUUUCUUGAAUUACCUUCUAAAGGGUUUGAUAUCUCAAAACGGUGAUUUUAUAUAGUUAUUGUAAUAUAAAGUAUUAUAAUUUUGUUUAUUUUUAAUUGUAAAAAAAAAAAUUAAAUAAAGUACAGUUUCAUUGA